AUGCUUUACAUCUGGAGCGUGUCCGGAGACCAGCUGGCGGCUAUGCCAAGCGCAGACGUUGAGGACGUGCGGACAGUGAAAGCAGAGCUGUACCGAUUGCACGGAUGGUCGCGAUUUCGGCAGAGGCUCCUUCACGACGGCUGUGUUUUGGAGAACACUGCCAGUUUGGAUGGCCGCGUCGAUGUGCAAAUGCUUCUCGUGGAUUUUGCAUCGACUAGCUGGCAUCAAGCAGACUCGCUGACCAAAGCUGUCACGUCGGGCAACGUGGGUCUGGUUGCAGAGAUCUUGGAUAGGCCACAAAACCCAAACUUUGUCGACACGCAAGGCCGCAAGCCGCUUGGUUUGGCACUCCGUGGCGGUCACAUUGGCAUUGCACAGCUGCUGUUAGAGGCUGGGGCCGGCAAGGAUUUCAUCGGGCAGUGGCGACAGGAAGCCUUUGAGGAGGCCAUCAUGCGAGGACAAACGGAAGUGGUUCAACUGCUGCUCGAGGUCGGCGCGCACAAGUCUUGGGUGACGCAGAAUCGUGACAUGCUUCCAUUUGCCGUGCAAUGUGGUCAGACCGACAUUGUGACCCUGCUGCUGGCUGCCGGGUUCAAAGAAGCCAUGAUUAAAGCCCUCCUGUUUACCAUCAUUCAGAAUCGUGUCGACAUGCUGCGGCUGCUGCUAGAUGCUGGUGUCCAGCGGAGAGACCUGAGAAUUGCAUGCCAAGCCGCUUCGAAUGAGCAAAAGCAUGACAUCGUUCAGGUGCUAGUGGAAGCUGGGGCAAGCCCACCGGUUGCUGCCACUGGACCCCGUCGAGACACUGAAAGCUUUCAUGCCGCUGCGCGCGCUAUAGCUCUACGAGGUGGUCACACCGCACAGACGGCAGAUGCUAUCCGGGAGCUGUUUCAUUCUUCAUUUCAAAAUUCGCCUCCUCCUCCCCCUACAAUUCCUCCUCCGCCGUCACUUUCCCCUCCCUUGCCUCCUGUUCCAUCAUUCCGCCCGCCACCACCGCCGCCAACCUCCACCCUUCCACAGCCCGACACCGCGGCCCCAAAGAUGCCUACCUGCCAUCGCGGCUUCCAU